AUGAAAGAAAAGUAUGUAAUAAAUGUUUUAGUUUUAAUAUGGAUUUUCUUUUUUAAAAAAAUUGUCACUAGUGAUUUGCUAUCUCCUCAUACACUAAGAAAUAUGAUAAAAAAUACCUAUCUGAUAAACGAUUCAAAAAAUUUUAAUAAUUUUUCAUUUUUUUAUUUAUAUAAUGCUUUGAGUUGUACUUUAACAGAAAAUGUUUUUGAUUCCUAUGUAGAUAAAAAAUAUCAAAAAGAAAUAUUUAUUAUAAAAAAAAAUUUAUUAGAACUAAAAAAACAAACAGAAAAUAAAAAUUUGUGGAUUUUUUUUGAGUUUAACCUAUUUGAUUCUUUGAUAUCAGCUAUUGAAGAUAUAGAAAAAAAUAUGAGAAAUUACGGAACAGGAAUAUCAGAUAUUUUUAAUGAAUUAAAAUUAUCAGAUUCUAAAUUUAAUCACAUUGUAGAUUAUAAGUUAAAUAUAUGUACUCAACACGUUUUUGAUGUUGAAGUUGUCAGUUUAUUUUUGACUAUAGUUCCUUACUUAUUGGAAAAAUUAGAUAUAUCCCAUAAGGGCUAUAUAAGAGAAUUUUGUUAUGCAUUACAAAAAACGUUAAAUUUUUUCAAUUUUUUUAUUUCAUUAAUUAAUGAGCAUAAUAUAAAUAUAAUAGAUAUAGACAAAAAAGAGAUAAAUGUAUUUUUAAAAGUUAAAGACAAUUUUCGCCUAGUCUCUUCAGUAGAAGAAAAUAGACUAACUCUUUAUGAUGAACUAAUUCUAAAAAAUAAAUAUGGUAAAUUAUUAAUAAAUGAUUUAUUUAAAUUUUUUGAUAAUUUUUAUUUUUUUGAAGUUGAGGAAGAGUUAAAUUAUUAUGAUUACAUAGAAGUAUUACCUAUAUAUAUAAAAACAGAAAAUGGACUUUUUAAAUCAAGAAAUUAUAAUAUGGAAAAUAUGUUUUACUCAUUAAUAGAAACAUUUAAAAAAGAUUUAGAAGUUAAUGAAGGGAUAAUAUUGAUAAAAAUAUUUAAACAAUAUAAAAUUAAUACCGAUACAAAAACAACCUACUAUUUUGAUUCAGAUAUUAUAUACAAAAUAAUCAUGCAUGAAAUCAGUAAGUCAACAUCAAUUUUAUCUGAAAUAAAAUUUGAUUUUUUAUAUUCUCAAAAUGUAGAUAGCACAAAAAGAAAAUUAGCGAAUGAUGAUAUAACAUUGAGUCUUAUUAUAUUAGUUGAUUCUAAUAUAAAAGAUGAUGAUUUAUUAGAAAAAUUUUACAAUAUUGUCUUUUCAGGAGAUAUAUUUUUAUCUAACAAAGAAUUAAAUAAGCAUCGAAUAAAAAUUGUAGGAUCAUGCAUUUUUACCAAAGAGAAACAACCUCCAAUUUUUAAUGGAUUUUUUUCACAUGGUCUUAGUACAUAUAUUCUUUUUAAAAUACUCGAUCUUUUAAAACCGAAUAAAAAACUAUUAUAUUUAGCCAUAGAAAAAGCAGAGGAUACUAAUCAUAUUAAAGCAGAAGGAAUUGCUGAAAGACUUUUGAAUAAUUCAAAAGAGAAUUUUGAAACUGUUUUAUUAUUUGAAAGAGGAGAAAUAAUAAAUUAUAAUAAAUUUGAACAUAAUAAGAAAUGUGAUAUGUGCUUAGUGGGAUAUGGGGGACUUUAUUCUUUAUACUUAUGUAUCUUCAUACCUAUUAUAUUAAGUUUACUUAUAUGUUACUUUAUAUAUAAAAAGAAAAAAUACUCAAAAAAGAAUACUGUAAAUCGUAAAAUACACAGUUUACAUAGUGAAAUAAAAUCAAAUGAACCAAACAUUAUUUCUCUAAAAUGA